AUACCAUACAUUAUUUACAUUUUAAUUACCUUUUGGAAAAAAACACAGUCCAUGAAUUUUAGAAUUCACAAAAAUGUUCUUGUCCACGAAAUUGAGUGAACUCACAGUAAUGUAUGUAGGUAUAUAUUUGAAAUAUUUGUUUUAUUGCCAGCAAUAUGAUGCAGGACAUGUAUGGGUUGGUGUGAUUUGUGUCCUAGCCGUGGUAUUGUACAUCAUCUUCUUUGCUUCUGGCCCAGGGGCUAUACCAUGGUUUUUCACAGCUGAGUUAUUUGCUCAAGGACCUAGACCUGCUGCAGUCAGUAUAGGGGUACUGUUUAACUGGUCGGCUAAUUUCUGUGUUGGUCUGUUUUACCCAUUUCUACAGGAAUCUAUAAAUGCAUACUCAUUCAUACCAUUUGUUGUAUUUCUGGCGAUUUUCUGGAUAUUUACAUUGUUUAAAGUACCGGAAACUAAAGGAAGAACGAUUGAAGAGAUUACCGCUCAGUUUCAAAUAACUGUACCUUAUAAUCGUAUACCAUUAACCGAGGAUACAGAUUAGGAUAUACUGAAUAUUUACUGUAAAAUUGUAUACGAGGAUACAGAUUUGAAUUAGUGGUGUUACGGUUAGAAAAAAAUGCUGUAUAAAAUGCGACGUAAAAAUCUAGUUAAAUAAUUAACCGACUGUACUAAUAAAAUCCUUAGAUUUUCAAUAUAAACUUUGAAUCUUUGUGACAAGAUAUGCCAUUUUCUUAAUAUUUUGUUGUACUCAAAAUGAUUUAAAUACAUAUCCGAAUAUGGAGUAACUAUUUUCCACUAGGGUCGUACUGUAUGCUAUCAGAUCGGAAAAAAUACAUUGUUGAGUACAACUAAAAUACCAAAAAAUUGUCAUAUCUUGUUAUAAAGAAACAAAGAUAAUAUUGAGUAUCAAUGCCCAUUAGUCAAAUUCUUACCUCGGUUACUGGUUAUUGAUUUGUCUAACCCCUUUAUACCUAAAAACGACUGUACCUGUUUAAACGGAUAAACGUAUAUAAAACCCCUAAUUAGAAUGCACUGAAUUUUUACAGAGAAAUGGCAUACCAUUUACUGAUGUUACAGAUUAGAAUACGUUAAAUCACCAGCUGAUAUUUGUCCUUGAUUUGACUAUGAAUUUACAUCAUAUUGACAUGUCAUUUUGUCUAUGACUUUUUUUAUUUAUUUUUUUUGCGAGGGGGGUGUAUGGGGAGAUUUUGUCCCCCUAAAUGUAAUUAUAUAUAUUUUUUCAUGUAAGAAUUAGGAAAACAUGAUUUUUGGUAUAUAAAUAUUAGAACUUUGGAAUUUGAUAAUUUGACUAUCCUUCAAUAUAGAAAAGGAUAUAAUGUGCCAUAUUGCAAGAAAUAUUCUUUAAAAUCAUGCUAAAUACUUUAAAUGGACUUGUUCAUCUUUCUGUCUGGACAAAACCAGUCGUCAAAUUUAGGGAAAUUUUCAAAAUACAACAUGAUAAAAAGAAUCACUAUGUACUGACUGAACAGUGCAAUAAAUGUUCAGAUGGCAUGGAUUUGUGGGUUGAUCUUGGUCUGCACUGAUAGCAUGGUUAGAAUCAUAAUGAAAUAAUUACCUGAAAUAUGUUUAUACAGUCAUUUAACUUCUACAAAUUUUGGGUAGUAAGGGUUUUUGGGUUGACUUCCCUUAUUCGUUUUUUUUUUGCAAUAAUUUCAAAAUCAUAGCUUUUGCAAAAAAUGACAUACUUUAAUUCAUGUAGUAUUUCAUCAGUAGUUGACAACUUCAAUAUCCGGUUUAUAGUCCAAAUUAUACGAAUAAGAAAUCAGACAACGAUUUUCUUUAACCAGGGAUGUAUUGAUCUAGUUAUUGUUUCCUAUAUUUUUACUAUGAAAAAGAUUUGGAAAAGUAUUAUUACUCCACCUAUUUUAGGCAGUAUUUUAUGAAAAAAAGAAAUGAAUGGAGGUCCACUCAUUGAGAUAGAAAAUAAAACAACUUAAAAACAUAAAAUUGCAAUUUCUACAUAGAUAAAUUGGGACAUCAAGUUUUUGUAUGAUUGUUAUACAGUUUUAAGACAAAAAUGAUUGAAUGUGUUAAGUUUUUGAGUCAUGUUGUACCAUAUAAAUAAUUAUUUUAAGUUUUGGGUCUAGACCUUAAUCAAAUGGCAGGCAAAUAUGGAAAAAAUAUUUCCAGUACCAUAUUGUCAAAAACCUCAGUGGUGUCCCUUUCAUAUUUCAGGCGGAUAAAUUUCUGUAAUACUAGUGUUAAUCUCAGUCAUUUAUAUUUUCUCUUUGUAUGUUUUUUUUCCACCAAAACAUUAUGUCAUGACUUUUAUAUCAGUGUUGAACUUGUAUGUUUAUUAUGUUUUUGUCUUGGUUUGACAAAGCUCAUGUAAUUUUUUUUGAGUUUGAACUACAAAGUAUGUGAUGUGAAAGGUUGAAUUAUAGUCCAACCUCUGCAGAGCAACCCCCUUUUAUGAGCAAUUACCUCUUUACAACAACAA